UCCACCUGCCCACUUCCUUCCCCGGGUCUCCUUCCUAAAACACGUCCGUGAACGCACGCCCCGGCAUGCGGGCCGCAGUGGAAAGCGGCAUCCGGCGUGGUGGUCACUGUUCGCCAGGUUCCGGCCCGCGGAGUCGUCGUCCGUGAGCUCGACCACGCAAGAGGGCUUCAACCCUGUGGACCACGCGGGAGCAGCAUCCGCGCUCGGACCCGUCCUCGCCGGGCUCCCGUUCGUGGCGCGCGCCGACGUAGCGGCCAGCCACAGCGGACGCCCUCGUCUCUCCCAGGAGUGCCACAACGUCGCCGACGCGGCAGGGCACGACCUGGACGCUCGGGUUCGGGCUAUCCCCGCUCCUCGGCGGCUCCAUCUCCGUCGCCACGGGAGGGCGACUCGACCUGGGUGAUGAAGGUGGCGAGGGCCACGGCGAGGAGGACGUCAAUGCCGUGGGCCUCGCGGGAGCAAGAUCCGCGCUCGGCCCUGUCCUCGUCGAGUUCCCGUCGUCCGUGGCACAAGCUCAACUCGCGGCCAACCAUAACGGACGCCGCUGUCUCUCCACGGAGUGCCGUUGCCGACGCGGUGGGGCACGGCUGCACGGCCGGGGCGCUCGGGCUCCGCCCCCUCCUAGGCACACCCGCCCGCUUCCUCGGCGGCUCCAUCUCGGGCGCGACUGGUCUCGGAUGCAGAGUCGUGGUCGGCGCGCUCGACAUGGGAGAUGGAGACGGCGAGGGCGAGGAGGACACGUCACGAACGAGCUCAGGUUUCAGGAUGCUCAUCGCCAUAUACAGGCCGUUCUCCACUUGAUUUAUGUCAGGAGUCGAAUCAAAACUGCGGUUCACCGUUCACAUUGGGUCUUCUAUCUGCUGGUAAAAGAACUCAAAGCAUGCUCGACGCGAUCGGACACAUCGAUCCGACUGCGCCGGUGUACCAUUGGAAAAUCAAUAGGUGUGAUGCUCUAUUGCGGGAAGUCAUGGGAGAAAAUCUUUACAAGGAAGUGAUCGUCGCGGCGCCAAAGGAGGACGAAGGCGAUUUUGGCUGCAUCGUCAUCCGUGGGAAUGAAGUUCUUCACGGAGUUGCCAACUUCAUGCCAAAACUUGCUGGAUAUUUCAGGAAAAUAAGAAGCGGGGCAUGAAGUUGUAGUCUCACAAGUCACAAGGUCACUGGAUAGCCAUUUCAUAUCAUCAUUGCGGGAAGUCAAAGAGAAGUUCAUAAUGAUAUGACAUUUAGCAAUUUAUAUGGAAAUUGUUUCUGGUGCCUUCCAACUUCAACGAUUUAUUGCAAGAUGUGAAAAUGAAACCAUCUUUAACGCAGUACAAGCAUGUAGUUUAUUUUGUUUUCCAAAAGUUUGAUCAUAUUGGAUUGGAUGCUCCUAUUCUUUUUGUGUGUUCUUGCUAAUGGCUAAUCCUUAAUUGAUUUUGCUGUCAUGAUCUGGUUUUGUAUGUUAAAUUUCAGAUAAUUGUGCUGCCGCACUGAUACACUCUUAUUUGGCACAGUUUGGGUGAGCCCUGGUCAAAACUAGGUACUAUUCACAAUUGUCCUCUUGUGCAAGGAUUGUAGUUCUCUUUUCGAUUGAUACUGGCCGAGCAUGGCUGCGAAUAUAUCAUAUAGGAUCAUUACAGUUCACCUAAGAGUGGUUUUACGUGGUAGUAUCGAAAUGCUAACUUGGUUGUACAAGUCUCAAUAUUCUUGCUGUUAUUUCAAUUUUUAUUAACUGAUCCUAUCAUUUUGUAUUUUUCACCAGCCAAAGCUCGCCUGAUUGUGAGAACGGAACUUGUUAACAGUAUAUUUUGAUUAAUUAGCUUUGGUAUUCUUGCUGUUAUUUCAAUUUUUAUUUAUGUUCACCAUGUCGGUUUUCUAUUGCGGUUAUACUGAAGCAGAAGUUGCUUGCUUCCCUAGCUAUUUACGCAAAGUACAGCGUGUUAGCGACAGCUGCAGGGCGCAAUAUGUCAGGGGAGUUUGUUCCUACACGAAUAUAUAGUUUGUUCUGGAAUUUUUUGGUUCUUCGGUAUCAUUUUUAGUAUGUAUGCACAAGACUAACCUUACUUGAAAAGAGUUAUGUACCAUACUGUUCAUGUGGAUACCCUUGACGUCUUAGUAGGCCUCUCUUAGUGUAAGGGAGUACAAUUAUUGUGACGGGAAUCAGGUUGAAAAUUGCUCCCUUGUGAACCUAUAGGCAUUUCCUUUCUUUAUUUCCUCGCUGAUGCUUCUGUAUGUAAUUGUUUCUUUUUCAUAAAAAAUCAGGGGAUCACGUGGUCAUGCACUCUUAAGAGGUAAUUCAUAGUCCCUCCGUCCGGAAAUACUUGUGGAAAUACUUGUCCGAGGAAUGGAUGUAUCUAAUGUAUUUUAAUGCUAGAUACAUCCAUUGUAUCCAUUUUUACGACAAGUAUUUUCGGACGGGGGAGUAUAUAGCUACUUUUACCUGUUUCGGUAUUUGGUGUUUGCUUUGUAUGACAUUUUGUUGAUUCCGUCUACUGAUGUUGUUGCUACACUGUUGCACCUCUUGCCAGGAUUAGUGCAGCGUUCUGUGUUCUGCAAGUGUUGUUGACUCAACACCUCUUGAGUCAAGACUGGUUCAGAGAAAUUGGUAACUGAUUAGUUCACUAGCUUUCUUCACAGCAUAGUCAUCCACGACUGAAACUACAAUGCUAUGAAGACAGAUGUACAAGAGCUGCUCAGCCGCACAAGAGUUGAGCAAAAAGAGAAGAAUUAGAAAUAGAGACAUGGCAAAAGGCAAACCUUCAGCAAGUGAAGUAAGGCAAACAAGGAUCUCCGAAAAAGAUUUUCUCCAGUUUCUCGAUAUUUUGCUAAUCCGUCAAGAGUCAAGAUGUGCAUCCAGCAACAACUUCAACAUUGUCUACACAGGGAACAGAUCACCAAGAACAAAAGCAGAAGAAAUAGCUUCAUCUCUCUAUCACUACAUCAGAGAGACAAACCAAGCUGGAGGAUCAACAUCUCUGGUCUAAGAAGAGAACCAAACCUUUGCAAUUCGGUAUCCAGUAGCCAUUAUCACCACCUACCAUUGAUCACAUGCAUGUACCAACUAGAUGUACUCUUUCUUUGUAUGAACUACUUUGCGACGAAUUAAGUCUUGGACUGACUUACCAAACAUUGCAAAAAACCAAAUAGCUUAUUGAUUCA